CCUGGCUGAGUGGACGAUAUUUAAACUUGAGGAGGAGUGUCUAGUGACAGGUUGUGUCUUGUUCAUCUCUCUCACUGCUAGGGCAUGGAACCCUGUAUUACCAGAUUUAUGACAUGGGGACUCAACAGGGGAGUGCCAACUCAACUCGCCUUUCACUAGAUAUUGCUGACUUGCCCUCACCACCAUUUGGCAUGAGUCCCCGUGAAUCGAGGAAACCACAUAUGUUACCUUCUCAACGUACCAGUAAACUUUCACUCAAAAGUCUCAAGCCCUUCCAAGAAGACAUACAAGCUUCAAAUUUUAGAAAGGAAAAAGAAAAGGUUUUUGGUUUUAAUAGAUAUUUCAGGCAACAGUUUUCAAGAACAUCAGCAAGAGAUACUCCAACAAAUCUUCAAACUUUGCAUGAACAUUGCUCGAGUGAUUGUAAUAGAGACAAUUCUGAUGUAUGUAGUUCUCUGCAGAGUAAAAACUCAGAGGUUACAGUGAAUUCUCAGGAAUUUACUAGUGCUACAGUUACAGAGAAAGUGCCAGAUCAUACACACUUUACAAAACAACCAAAUAGAGAUAGUAUUUUUACAGACAUUGAUGAUGGCAGCUUUAUUGAAUUUUGCCAUGGAAAAGAAAAUGGGCAGCUAGUACCAAGACUUACCACAGACCAAGCCAAGUGUAGUCCUCAGUUGUAUUAUACUUGUGAGAGUCAAAAUGAUACUCAGUUUUCAACUUCAACUAAAGUUAAUGAUGCUCUAGUUGGGUUUCGAAAAUAUGUGGAAGCUUUUAAGAAACAAAUUGGACAUCAAGGUAUAAUAAAGAAGAGUGAAAAUAAAAUGUCAAAAUUACCCAGGAAUGAUUUACAUUUAAAUUUUGAUGAAACUAUAAUCACAUGCAGUGCAGAUAUACAAAAAUGUCAAACUAAGGUAAACUGUGAAGGAGCAUUCAACAGCACAAUGUUGGAUAAGCACCCUUGCCCAAUUUGGAACCCUCUUGCAACUGUCUAUCCAAAUGUAUCAACAUUGACUGCUCUAACUGAAGAUAUAUCUAGUUCACAUUCUGGCAAUACAACUCCUGUUAAAACUUUUAAAAAACGUAGCACCAAAAAUGAGAUUCAAACUAUAACCAUAUCAGAUAGCUCUGAUGAUGAUUCUAAAAUUAUUAGGACAAAUAUAAAGAAAGAAAAGAUUGAUGAACUCGUGUCAAGGAAUCUUAAAGAAAAGGAUAUUAACCUAAAGGAAGCAAAGCAUAGUGAAAACUAUAAUAUUUCAACCCAAAGAACUGUUCUUUGGUCCCAGGAAGCAUAUGAUCAUCAUUCACUCAUUAGUGAGGAUGUAAGCAUAGUGAGUAGCUCCACUUCCGAGAGACUCCAACCUCAAAAAUCGGUAAGUUGCAAGAAAACUGGAAGAGUAAUUAUAGAUUCUUCUGGAUCAGAAAAUGAAGCCAUAUGUUUGCCAGUCAAUGGGUGUGGUAAAACACAGCUGGAGUAUGAAGAUGGGCAUGAUGUAAAUAGUGUUAAUGUUUUUGAUAAAUAUGGAGAAUUUAAGCAUACAGUAGUAACACCAGAGAAUGCAAAGAGCCCUGAAGUAGCAAAAUGGAUUAUUUCUAGUCCUUUUAAAGAUAGUUCUUUUGGUACAAGUUUUAUAAACAGAGAAAAUAGAUAUACAUGUAUUACUAACACACCCAGUCAGCCACAAUUUCUAGGUAUUGACCAUUCAUCUACAACAUCCAAGGCAAAUAUUGGUAGUGAGCAUUUGAAAAACCUUGAAAAACCAAAGGCUUUUUGUCCUGUUAAUAAAGUUAUGAAAUCUCCUCUUAACAUGUAUAACAGUUCCAGCAGUUCUAGUGAAAGUGAUACAGGUUUCAGGAGAAAACGUGGUAUUUUCUGUAGAGUGGUUGAAUCUACUUCUGAAGAGUCUGAUGAUGAUAGAGAAAGAAUAUCAAAGCCACAUAGAAAACCAAAUAUAGACACAAAAACAAUGUCGUCCAAACCAGGUUGCGUUGAGGAAUCGCCUGAAAUAUCCCAUGAAGAUUCUCUUCAUCUUAGACUAUCCGAGGGACUAAGUAAAUCAAAUAAAACAAAUGAGAAAACAAAUUGUACCAUCGGAAGAGAUGCCAUUUCUCCAGGUACUUUAAGAAAUACAACUGACAGUUCUGAUGAUGUCUUGGGUGACGUUCGAACACAAAAGUCAAUGCGUAUUAGGAGAAUUGUUGAUUCUGACUCUGAGCAGACUAAUUCAGAUUAUAAGGAGCAAGCAGAUAGUAUAUCUGACUUGGAGGUGUCUUUAUCAGAUAUUAAAAUACAUUCAAAUUUUCAUGUUUCUUCAGCUCCUGAACCUUUCCAGAAACCACAAACUAUUAGUGGUAAAAGGAAUUUUCUCGACCUGAAAAUAAUACAAAAGGAAUUGGAUGCAGUUUACAGUUCUGAGUGGAGAAAAAAUGAGGGUGCUGUUCUAAAGAGUAUUAUUAAAGACAAUGAGAACAGUUCAAAAGCUAGAAGGCAAAAAGGUAAAAAGAUAAGUGAAAACAAAGCUUACAAUGAAAAUGUUCCAACAGGAAAAGUGAAGGACAAAGUUCUAAGAGCCAUCACUUUUGAAUCAGACGAUGAGGAAGAUAGUUAUCAUGAAGCAAGUAAAACCUCUGGAGAGGAGAGGAAUAAUUGUAAAGAACUAGAGAAUGACAAUGAAGAUGUUACUGAAGAUAUAUCAGUCUUGACAAAGAAAAAAAGUGCAUUGGUUGAAACUUACUGUCCAACUUAUGAGAAUGAAAAUGAAGCUGAGAAUGAUAGCUUUGAAAUAUAUUUAGAAAAAGUCAAAAGUCAAAUAAGAGAAGAAACACCAAAUAAGGGUACUGAAGAUAAAUAUGAGUCAGAUUUUAUUAAUGAUGACAGUGAUGAUAGCUAUAGUCUGCCCUCUCUAACUCCAAAAUCUGUUCAGUGUUCUCCUCAGUACAAGGCUGAUUACAUAAAUUGUGACAGCAUCUCAGAUGAGCUGAAAUCACAUAAAAAAGAAAAGCCUAAGAAAAUCACGACAAGUACAAGCAUUUCGUCUUGGCGUGAUUCUCCGGCUAUUCUCAUCUCAGAUUCAGAUUCAGAGGCAAAUGAAAUGUUUUCUGUAACUGAAGUUAAAAGAAAACCAGUCCAACGUAUUUUGCCCUUUGUCACUCCGGAUGUGAAAGGUUCCAGUAAGAUCAUGGCUAAAACUGAGGGAAACUUUAGACAGGUGCCAAGGAGGUAUGCAAUAAGUGGUAAUGUUACACCAACAUUAUCAUUUCUGGCAUCACUAUCUACAAAUGUUCCAGUUGGUAGAUGUCAUCCAGAAGCUGUCAUGUAUAUUAAGAAUUUUAGAAAGCAUCGGGAACAGUUAACAGAAAAAUUACACGUUUUUUAUAAUGCUCAUGUCUUUGAAAAUAAGCUGCCUCCUGUAAUGAGUAUUAAAUGGAAUGCAAGAAUGACCAAGACAGCUGGGUUUUGUUAUUAUCAAAUAGAUCGGUCUAAACCAAAUGGAAGAGGAGCCCGAAUUGAGCUUUCUACCAAGGUAAUUGAUGCUCCAGAGAGGUUACGAGACACACUUAUUCACGAGUUGUGCCAUGCUGCUGCUUGGAUUAUCUCAGGAUAUAAGGAUGGUCAUGGACCACUUUGGAAGGCAUGGGCAGCACAGGCAGUGCGCACAUUUCCAGAACUUCCUGCCAUCAAUAGAUGCCACUCUUACGAGAUCAGCUGCAAGUAUACAUACAGAUGCACUCGUUGCUUACACAGCAUUGGACGGCAUUCCAAGAGUCUUGACACACAGAAGAAAGUUUGCGGCUAUUGCCGUGGUAAAUUUGAACUAGUUGUGAACUCCCAGAAAGGGAUACAAAGCACUGGAAAUGGAAUUAGUAUUUCUGCUGGAGCCACCCCAAAAACUCCAAGAACUCCAGGAGCAUUUGCUAUAUUUGUGAAAGAAAAUUAUGGAACUGUCAAGAAAUCUGGAGGAAAUCUAAAGCAUGCAGAGGUGAUGAAGAUUUUGAGUACAAACUUUGGUAAGAUGAAGGCAAGUAGUAAUUUAUAAAAAAAAUAUUGAUUAGUUAUUAUUGGUAAAUGAAUGAAUUUAAAAAGAAUUUCAUUCUUCAUUGUGCAGCACCAUUUCAAAAUAUAAUUUUUGUCCAUAAACUUGUUUUCUUGAGAGAGCAUAGGCAUGGGUGAUUUAAGCUAUAUGAAGUUAUGAGAGUGCUGUUCUUAUUUUAAUAAAUUCAUGUGGAAAAUCAGAUUGAGAAAUUUCUCUUGGCUCAUUAUUAGCUAUUUCUACGGUUAUACUGUAGUAUGUUUAGAGUAUUUUGUUUAUCCAGGCUUGUCACCAGGGAUGGGAGAGAGGGUUACAGAGUAUGCUGUAGAUCAUAGUUUUCCAUUUAUUGUUUUUCACUGUUUUGCUUCCUGACAAUUUUGUGAUAGUUCAAACCAGGUAUUGUAUAUAAUACUGACAAGUUAAGGAUAAGACGCUUAUUUUAAUGAGGAAACGUUUCCAUUCUAUGAUUUUAAUCAAUCCUAGUGUUUGGCAGUGUCUUGUACUCAAUAUCCUGAAAAUGCCAUUUUGGAUUGUCUGUCACUUUUAUGGUAUUUAUACUGAACUUCCUAUUGUUAUUGUAAUGUAUAGCCCAAAGCAUUUUGUUGGAAGCUUUAAAUAACAUCUAACAUUUCUUCAGUGUCAUAAAAAAAAAAAAUAUUGCUCAUCAGACUUGUUCCACGUUUCCCAGUACUGGAUAAUUUUGCAGGAAAAUUUGGCUUAAUUUAAAGCCCCGAAGAAUUUUACUAAAGGCCAAUGUUCUGCAUUUUUGUGUAUUUUAAUUGAGGGAAGAACCCUGCCUCGGUGGGAGACGGCCGACUUGUUAAAAAAAAAAAAAAAAAAAAAAAACUAAUCCCAUGUGAAUGUGAGGCAAUCAGGUUUGAUCCAAGGAAAGGGAGAAGUCUUUAUCUUGAACCUAGAGUCCCUUAUCGGGAUUCAGGCACUUUCCUUAAGGGAACUGCAUUUUUUAUACUUAAUAUCAGUACAUCUACUUUCAUUUUUCCUUUUGGGCUACGCCGCCUCGGUGAAAUAUGGCUGGUGUGUUGAAAGGAGAAAGAAUAAAUCUCGUACGUAUUGCUUUUUUGGCCCUACCCUGCCUCAGUGGGAGACGGCCAAUAUGGAAAAAAGAAUCAUAAGAGAAUUUCUUAAAAUUUCAUACAAUAGUAUGUUUUUGGCUCCAUUACUCCUUAAUGUGAUGAAUUUAAAAAAGAAUUUAAUGACAGUUUUAACAUCAAAUUAAAAGUUUUUAUUUGAGAGGUAUUGUUGGUGAAUAUUCAAGAAUAUAAGUUUAUUUUACAGAAUUUUUCUUUAAAAAUGGUUGAAAUUUUUUAUGUAAAAUAUAGAUCUUGUAGUAUGGUAUGCAGUUUUUUUUUUUUUUUGGGGGGGGGUGAAGUUUAGAGUAGCAUCAAUGUAAAUUUUGAAUGAAAGAACUGCAGUACUAUUACAGUUGUUGAUCAUGCCACUGAGUUACAUAAAAAAUAAGUAAUAUUAUUUUUAAUAAAGAAAUACUUUAAAAUACAGGCAAAUACUUUACUGUACCUUUUUCUAAGUGUUUUUAACUAAAUGUGGUUUAUUCUUUGCAACCUUUCACAUUGUGUAUUAUAUUCACAAAAAAUGGUAAGCCUGUCAUACAGUACCAUUUAGCAGAGAGAUGUUGAGGUCAGGAAGGAAAUGUGAAGUGUGGGCUAAUGUAUUUACAGGAAAACCAGAAUUAUCUUAAGUCAGCUUCAGUUCCCCAGUUAAGAACAUAAGUAAGAAAGAACACUGCAACAGGCCUACUGGCCCAUGCGAGGCAGGUCCAAGUCUCCUACCGGCUUAAGCCAAUGCCCUGGCAUGGCAUGGCAUGAAAGAAUUGUUAGGUCAUUUUGACUAGCUACCAACUCUUAACAGUCCCAUUGAUCAGAGUAUUCCACCCUCUCUUUCACUGCUUUGAUGUGCUUAUUCUUACCUUCUCUGACAGUCCCACCUUUUCAUGCAGAGCCUGUGGAUUUUAAAAUUAAUAACUGGACUAAUUGUUAUACCCUGUUUUAUCUUCACCCCUUUUGUCUUUGCUGUUUCACCCAUUUGCCAUGUAGUACUGAAUGACGCAUUAAAAUUUAUUGCUUCUUCGACUGAGUAAUUUUACACCACCCUGGGCAUUUGGCAUACUCUGAUUACAUUUUUUCUACUUCACAUGCAAGUUCAUUAACAAUUAAGAUUUAGACAGGGAUGCAUGAUGUUGCCAUGGUUGUUUAACAUAUUUAUAGAUGAGGUUGUAAAAGAAGUGAAUUCUAGGGUGUUGGGAAGAGGUGUAAUACUGAAAGAUGUUGGAUCUGAUACAAAGUGGGAGUUAUCACAGCUGCUCUUAGUUGAUGACAGUUCUUUUGGGGGAUUUUGAACACAAGUUGCAAAGGGUAGUGAUAAAAUUUGGGAGAGUAUGUAAGAGAAGGAAAUCAAAAGUUUAAAUAGAAGAGAAGGUCAUGAGGAUAAAAUAAGUCUAAGCAAUGAUAGAUUCCAUGAGAGAUUGGAAGGAAGAAGUAUGGAGGAAGUGGGUGUAUUUGGGAGUGGACAUAUUAGCAGAUGGAUCUAUGAAAGAAGAGGUGAACUGUAGAAUAGAUGAGGAUAAAAAAUGUAGGUGAUGUGUUGAGGCAUCUUUGGAAAGAAAGAUGUUUAUCUAAUGAAGGCCAAAAAAUUAAUUUACCAGAGUAUAUUGGUACCAAGACUUUUAUAUGGAUGUGAGGCAUGGGCUUUGAAUGCUGCAGUGAGGUGGCACUAGGGGCAGUGAUGUCAUGUUUAAGAGCAAUGUGUACCUAAAGGAUGUUUCUGGGGUCAAUGCCCUUGUGGCCUGGUCCCAGACCAGGCCUCAUGGAGGAUCAAGGCCUGGUUGAUCAGGCUGUUACUGCUAGGCACACACAGUCCAACAUAUUAACCACAGCGUAGCUGAUCAGGCACUGAUUUAAGGAACUUUAGCUUCUUCUUGAAGACAGCCAGAGGUUUCCUGGUAAUUUUCAUUAUGGCACUCAUAGUUGUUAGUAUACUCAUCACACCUGCUUUUUAGCGAAGGUAUUUAACACCAUCUAUCAAGUUUCUCGUAAUACAAAGUGAUUUCUGUAUUGAGGUUUGGGACCAGUCCCUCCAGGAUCUUUGAGGCAUAAAUUAUUAUGCACCUUUCUUCCCUACAUUCUAAAGAAUAUUUCAAGAGCAUAGUGUCUCCAAUAGUUCAGAUGCUUGAUUUUGAGCAUAUACUAGCAUGAAAUUUUCUGUACCUUUUCCAGCUCGGCAAUCUUGCCCGCCUUGAAGAGGGUUUUUAGUAUACAGCCCUGUACUACCUUGGAGAGAAUAAGUAACUUGAAGAGUAUCAUCACUGGCUUAGCAUUUUGUCUUGAAAGUUAUAUUUAUACAUCCUAUAAUUUUCGUUGCAGUAGAAAUGUCAACCUUGUUGUAAUCUUCGAAUGUCAGAUCUACCGACAUCAUUACUCCCAGGCCUUACGCUGGGACUUUUGCUCUAUUGAACGAUCUGAGUUUGCCUUAUACUCAGUUAGUCUUUAUUUCCUCUGCUUUCAUGGCGGAACAACUAAAACUUGUCCUAGUAAAAUAUAUAUUAUAUUGUAUUCUGAAGCCCAUUUAAAGACUUGAUUAAUAUCUUCCUGAAGAUUUGCUGUGUUUUUGACAGAUGCCAGUCUCAGAGAUUCUGGUGUCAAUCAUUAUUAUUAUUAUUUUUUUUCUCAGCAAGUCGGCUGUCUCCCGCCGAGGCAGGGUGACCCAAAAAGAAAGAAAAUCCCCAAAAAGAAAAUACUUUCAUCAUCAUUCAACACUUUCACUUCACACAUAAUCAUUGCCUUUGCAGAGGUGCUCAGAUACAACAGUUUAGAAGUCCCUCCAAACUGUCAAUAUCCCAAACCCCUCCUUUAAAGUGCAGACAUUGUACUUCCCAUUUCUAGGACUCGAGUCCAGCUAACUGGUUUCCCUAAAUCCCUUCACUAAGUAUUACCCUGCUCACACUCCAGCAACUCGUUAGUUCUAAAAACCAUUUGUCUCCAUUCACUUCUAUCUAACACACUGGCUGGAAGUCCAAGCCCCUUGCCCACAAAACCUCGUUUACCCUCUCCAACCUUUUCGAGGACAACCCCUACCCAUCCUACCUUCCCCUACAGAUUUAUACGCUCUCCAAGCCAUUCUACAUGUACUUUGAUCCAUUCUGUUGAAAUGACCUGACCACCUCAACAACCCUUCUUCAGCCCUCUGACUAAUACUUUUAGUAACUCUGGUGGCCUGGUGGUUAACGCUCUCGCUUCACACGGUGAGGGCCUGGGUUCGAUUCCCAGCCAGAGUAGAAACAUUGGACGUGUUUCUUUCCACCUGUUGUCUAUGUUCCCCAUCAGUAAAAUGGGUACCUGGGUGUUAGUCGACUGGUGUGGGUCGCAUCCUGGGACACUGACCUAAGGAGGCCUGGUCACAGACCGGGCCGCGGGGGCGUUGACCCCUGGAACUCUCUCCAGAUAAACUCCAGAUAAACACCUCUUCCUAAUUUCCACACUCCGAAUUUUUUGCAUAAUAUUUGCACCACACAUUGCCCUUAAACAGGACAUCUCCACUGCCUCCAACUGCCUCAUCGCUGCAGCAUUUACAACCCAAGCUUCACACUCCUAUCUUAAAGAGUGUUGGUACCACUAUACUUUCAUACAUUCCCUUCUUUGCCUGUAUAGAUAACAUUUUUUCGUCUCCACAAAUAUCUUGACGCACCACUCGCCUUUUUUCCUUCAUCAGUUCUAUGGUUAACCUCAUCCUUCAUAAACCCAUCUGCUGACAAGUCAACUCCCAAAUAUCUGAAAACAUUCACUUCUUCCAUACUCCCUCUCUCCAAUGUGAUAUCUAAUUUUUCUUUAAAUCAUUUGAUACCCUCAUCACCUUACUCUUGUCUAUGUUCACUUUCAACUUUCUACCUUAUGUGCCCUCCCAAACUUAUCCACUAACCUUUGCAACUUUUCUUUACAUCUCCCAUAAGCACAGUAUCAUCAGCAAAAGUCAACUCUCAUUUUGUACUUGAUUCCCCAUAAUUUAAUCCCUUCCCUCUCCCCAACACUCUAACAUUUUCUUCUUUUACAACCCCAUCUAUAAAUAUAUUAAACAACCAUGGUGACAUUACACAUCCCUGUCUAAGACCUACUUUACCGGGAAGUAAUCUCCCUCUCUCCUACAUACCCUAACCUGAGCCUCACUAUCCUCAUAAAAACUCUUUACAGCAUUUAGUAACUUACUACCUAUUUCAUAUACUUGCAACAUCUGCCACAUUGCUCACCUAUCCACUCUAUCAUAUGAGUUUCUAAAUCCAUAAAUGCAAUGAAAACUUCCCUACCUUUAUCUAAAAACUGUUCAUAUAUAUGCUUCAAUGUAAACACUUGAUCUACACAUCCCCUACCCUCCCAAAAGCCUCCUUGCUCAUCUGCAAUCCUACUCUGUCUUACCUCUAAUUCUUUCAAUAAUAACUCUUCUGUACACUACCUGACCGUAUCCAACUGAGGCAGGGUGGCCCAAAAAGAAAAAACGAAAGUUUUUUUUUAAAUUUAGUAACUUGUACAGGAGAAGGGGUUACUAACCCUUGCUCCCGGCAUUUUAGCGGCCUCUUACAACACACAUGGCUUACGGAGGAAGAAUCCUGUUCCACUUCCCCAUGGAGAUAACAGGAAAUAAAGAAGAAGAAGAACUAGUAAGAAAAUAGAAAACCCAGAGGGGUGUGUAUCUUUCUUUCAGCACACCGGCCGUAUCCCACCGAGGGGGGGGUGGCUCAAAAGAAAAAAUGAAAGUUUCCCCUUUCAGAUUUAGUAAUAUAUACAGGAGAAGAGGUUACUAGCCCCUUGCUCCCGGCAUUUUAGUCGCCUCUUACAACACGCAUGGCUUACGGAGGAAGAAUUCUGUUCCACUUCCCCAUGGAGGUAAGAGGAAAUAAACAAGAACUAGAAAGAAAAAGAAGAAAAUCCAAAGGGGUGUGUAUAUACAUGUUUGUACAUAUAUGUGUAGUGUGACCUAAGUGUAAGAAGUAGCAAGAUGGACACCAGCAAUCCUACCAUCAUGUAAAACAAUUACAGGCUUUCAUUUUACUCACUUGGCAGGACGGUAGUACCUCCCUGGGCGGUUGCUGUCUACUAACCUACUACCUAACUCAGUAAACUUAUUCCCCUAUAAUUUUUACAAUUUCUUUUGUCCCCCUUCCCUUUAUAUAAAGGAACUAUACAUGCUCUCUGCCAAUCCCUAGGUACCUUCCCCUCUUUCAUACAUUUAUUAAACAAGAAUACCAACUGCUCC